UUUUUUAGGAAUAAAAUGUAUAAAAUCAGGCAAAUUAUAUAUCAACAAAUCCCUCUGUAAAAACCUUCAGAAAAUAGAACUGUAAAGUUUGGUGUAUGUAAGUUCUGCAGAAGUGGAGAUUUGUGACUCAGAGUAGGAGAAAAAAACUCAUUUUGAGAAAACAACCUUUAAAGAUAUUUACUGUAAUUGAAAUCUAUACACGCAAAUAGAUAAAGUGCUAUAAAAUGUACGCUUAAAAAAAGUGUAUUUUGGAUGUUUUCUUUCCACCAGUCUGAAAAAACACUUUAUGAAAAGCCAAAAAGUGCAAAAUUUACAGGUGCCUGAAAAAACAGUGUUUUUGCCUGUAGUGUCUCCCCUUAAACCCCUUAUAUUAAAAUCCUCUUAGUAUUUCCUGUAAAUAUUAUCUGAACCACAAGUACAGUGCUAUAAGGGUGUAGUUUUGUGUAAUAUCACUGAGGCAAUCUUGCCUCCUCUGUGGCAAGAGGUGUGGCUUCUACACAUGUGCAGGGUAAUUCUUUGCACCACAGUUGAUUUCAUAUGUCCAAAAUUCUGCAUUGUGAAUUCGUCUGCCAACAGGCGGGGCAGAACCGGAUACACACUUUCUCUGUAUAUGUCAUUCACCCUCAAAGCAGUGGCACUCUGCUUUCAGACAAACUUAAAUUUGGUUUGAAUUAAAUUACUUAAAUUUUAUGUUGCUCCAGGACUCUCAACCCAAGGCAAGUACAUUAUUUAAUUGUGGCUAUUAUUAUGUUUGAAAAUACAAUUACAAAAAAAAAAAAAAAAAGAUUUUUAUGCAUAAAUGUAAAUUAUUGACCAAUAUUGUGAACAUUUUAGAAAAAUAAAUACAUUAUUUGGCUAUUAAAAUGGCAGUGCACAGUAUAUUGAUUCCAAUCUGCUUUAAUAUUGGUGCAGUUUUUCUGAAAACACACCCACGCAAAGUUGUGACUGAAACCAUGUUGAUUAAGUUUUCCUACAUGUUCACGCCAUCAAAUCACAUCAGGGUUUAGUCAUUACUUUCAAAAGAAAGAGACUAAAUUGGUUUUAUGCUGUCUGAUAUCUGUAACCACCUCACUUCUUUGUCUUCACAGUAUUUGUGCCAUGCAAUUAAUGAAACAACAAAAUCAUACCCUCUGUUGUCUCUUUGGCUUUGUAAUGCUCUACAACUUUUUAUCCUGGAGUAAAAACAUGCUACUCUUGAGUCAGAUUGAGACCAGCGGAACAAAAAUUCUCGAGCAUAACAUCACCAUCCUCCUGUGGCACUGGCCUUUUGGAGUUCGCUACACAGUGGAGAGAGAUGUCUGUAUGGAUAAAUAUAAAAUCCCUAGAUGCUUUCUGGAGGAUAACCGAUCCAUUUUCGCUCAAGCAGAUGUUGUAGUCUUCCACCACUAUGAGCUCUGGACCGGUCGCUCCAAACUUCCUCUCCACCUUACGCGUCCACCAAUGCAGAAGUGGCUUUGGUUAUCACUGGAACCUCCCAUAAACAACCACAACCUUAGCAACUACAACGGCUUGUUUAACUGGACAAUGAGUUAUCGCCGUGACGCUGACAUCUUCAUGCCAUACGGAGAACUUGUUUCUAAAAGGGCUAACACCACAUACAUCGUUCCGAAGAAGAGUGGCUGCCUAGUUUGCUGGGUGGUCAGCAAAUACAAAGCCAAUCAGAGUCGCUCUCUAAUUUUCCAGCAGCUGAAGAAACACAUUCCAUCAAAUCUGAUGGAAGUAUAUGGUAAGUGGUCCAAGCGGUUGCUCUCGAACAAAAAGCUGCUUUCCACCAUAUCUCGAUGUUACUUCUACCUUGCCUUUGAAAACUCAGUAUCUACAGACUAUAUCACAGAGAAGCUAUGGCGAAACUCCCUUCAGGCAGGAAGUGUGCCGGUGGUGCUCGGCCCACCCAGGAGCAUUUAUGAACUAUCGAUUCCACCGGAAUCAUUCAUCCAUGUAAAUGACUUUAGCAGCAUUAAGGCGCUGGCUACUUUCUUAAGUCAAGUGGCUGCUGAUAGAGAGCGUUACGAAUCUUAUUUUAGAUGGCACCAUUACUAUGAUGUUAGAACAUACACAGACUGGAAAGAGAGACUCUGUAAUAUUUGCAUGCAUUAUGAUCAGCUCGCUAAGCAUAAAAAAGUGUACAAUGACCUGUACAGCUGGGUCAACAGCUAACCCUAUACUUCCAGCAUCUGUUUUGUUAUGGUUUUGUUUUGGUCUUUUUUAAAGGUGCCCUAGAACUUUUUUUUAAAAGAUGUAAUAUAAGUCUAAGGUGUCCCCUGAAUGUGUCUGUUAAGUUUCAGCUCAAAA